CAAAUCGGGCAGUAAUACGAUUCCGAGUGUGAAAGCAUGCGCAUUUGCAGAUCGUAUCGGACAGCAGGCACGGAUCGGGUAAUGACACAGCCCACUUAGCCCACGCUAGCUGGCUGGCUAGCUAGCAAGCAAGCAUGGCUACCUUGCGAGAGUCCGUUUUGAUUGGGCUUUGUGAUGCGACUAUUGACGGAAAGAAAAACGUGUCCUCUUUUUCUACCAGCAAAAUUGGAGGUCUACCGGACUGCCUUCCUACCAUAACAUUACAUUACCCAAGGUGUGCUCUGUGUAGUACUGUCCUUGCCCAUGUUGUACAAGUGUACUGCCCCCUGGAGGCCUCUCCUUAUCACCGCACCAUAAAUAUUUUUGCCUGUCCAAGCCCACAAUGCUAUGGAAAAUCCAAAAGCUGGAUAGCACUACGGUCACAAUGCCUAGACUCAGAGGUCAAACCUGUGUGUGUAGACCAGCAAACUAAAUGUGUCGCCGUCAAAGAGGCAACCAGAGACUGGUGUGAAGAAGCAGAUGAUUGGAGCCUGGAAGGAGAGAAGGCACCAGAGAAAGCAGGCUCUGCCCACAGUGAUGUGACACUUCACACUGGCUCCAUGUCCGAGCCAGAGUUCAGCAGCAAACUAAAGGGGCUCAGUCUGUCAGAAGGCGUGGAGCCCACUCUACAUGGGCUUGGCCUGGUUCUGCCAGGAUCCGCAGCUGUCUUCUGCCCUUACUACAUCAGUGUGUUGGAGGAGGCCGAUCUGUCUGGACAGACAGACAUGGAGCAUGUGCAAAGACUACUGCAGGAGUAUGAGCAAAGAGAGGGCGGUGUUAUCAGGGAGAUGGACAGGUGUGAAAAUGCAGGUGAGGUGGAAAAAUAUGAGAAGACCAAAGUCCUGCAUGGUGACCACGUUUUCUUCAGGUUCAUGAAGAACAUCUCUGUGUGUCCAGAGCAGAUUGUGCGGUACAGUUGGGAUGGGUCACCUUUAUUCAUCACAGAUCCUCCAUCCAACAUGAGACUGAUGAUCCCACCCUGUAGUCAAUGUGCCAGCCCCAGGACCUUUGAGUUUCAGCUCAUGCCAGCACUGGUCAGUUUGCUCACUAGUGUGGACUCUAACUCAGAGGUGGUGGUGGAGUUUGGGACUGUACUGGUCUUCACCUGUAGGAGAAGUUGCUGGGUACCUGGCUCAGACAUGCCUAUGGAGGAGUUCCUGUUUGUUCAGACAGACCCAGACCAUAUGUUUUUCAAAUAAGAAC